GGCGAGUCUGUGUCAGUGAUGGAGGGAGAUUCGGUCACUCUAAACACUGAUACUCAAAUACUUGAAGUUGACAUACAGUGGAAAUUUGGAGCUGAAAAGUCUCUCAUAGCUAAACUGAAAAUAAACAAGCAGAUCUUCUCCACAAUUGAUGAUGCUCUUGACGGGAGAUUCAGAGACAGGCUGAAGCUGGACAAUCAAACUGGAUCUCUGACCAUCGUGAACAUCAGAUCUGAACAUGCUGGAGAUUAUAUACUACGAACAAAUGGAGCUAAACUGACAACAAAAACAUUCAGUGUUUCUGUUUAUGCUCGUCUGCCUGUUCCUGUCCUCAUAUUCAACUCUUCUCAGUGUUCUUCAUCAGUGCAGUAUUGUUCAGUGUUGUGUUCAGUAGUGAAUGUGAGUGCUGUGAGUCUCUCCUGGUACAAAGGAAACAGUUUAUUGUCCAGCAUCAGUGUGUCUGAUCUCAGCAUCAGUCUCUCUCUACCUCUGGAGGUGGAAUAUCAGGAUAACAACACCUACAGCUGUGUGAUCAACAACACCAUCAGCAACCAGACCACAUAUCUCAGCGUUACUCAGCUCUGUCAGACGUGUGCAGGUCCUCCAGGAUCUCUGCUAGUGUUGAUCUCUUCUGCUGCUGCUGGAUCUCUGCUAAUUAUUUCUGCAAUAAGGAUCUUCUGGAUUUACAGGAAACACAGAAAAACAGAUCAAGAAGUUCAGAUUCAAACAGACAUCAUAUAUGCCGAGCCGGUGUCCAGCAAAAGAUGUGCACAUGAAUCAAAAGUUUCAGAGGAGGAUCAGGUGCUUUAUGCCUCAGUCAUGACCAGAAGAUAG